AUGAUUCCUCAAUUGCUUAUCGGGCUGACUGCCUUCACUGUGCUGCCUGUGGUGGCCAACCCUCACAGCCUUUCCCGCAGAGGAACAGUCGCAUCUGAUGAGCUGGUCGGCUUUGCGCAAACUAUCCCCAGCGGUGCUACCGGAGAUUUGUAUUUGGCUUAUCAGCCCGAUCUGAAGGUAGUAAAUGGCUGCGUUCCUUUCCCAGCCGUGGACGCAGAUGGAAACACCAAUGCCGGACUCAACCCGACAGGUAGCUCAAAUGGCGGAUGUAGUAGUAGCACAGGGCAGAUCUAUGUGAGAGGCGGCGCUUCCGGUGACUACUAUGCCUUAAUGUACUCGUGGUAUUUCCCCAAGGAUGAGCCUUCGACUGGGAUUGGCCACCGCCAUGAUUGGGAAGGAGCCAUUGUUUGGCUUUCCGACUCUUCUAGCACUGACGCUUCAAACAUUGUGGCUGUCUGUCCAUCCGCCCACGGCGGCUGGGACUGCACCACAGAUGGCUACACUCUUGAUGGGACUGCGCCUCUGAUCAAGUAUGAAUCAGUUUGGCCUGUUGAUCAUUCCUGUGGUCUCACAACCACUGUAGGCGGCACUCAGCCGCUGGUUGCCUGGGAAUCACUGUCUAGUGUUGUGCAAAAUGCUUUGGAUACCACUGACUUUGGCAAGGCUAACGUGCCCUUCAAUGAGAAUAAUUGGGCCUCCAACCUCGCGAAGGCAACAUUCUAA